CAACUCUCCAACUUUCUUUUUAGAAUUUUAUCUUUCAAAUUAAAAUCUUAUCAUCUUUUAAAAAAAAUGUUAAGGAAAAACGGUGGGCAUGAAAUUUCUUCAUAAAUUUUUUGACCCGCCCAAAUAUGAGAGGCCUCCAAAGUUCGAAUUAAUGAUUCUAUUCGAAACCAGUUCAAUCCGACCCAGAGCCCAAUUGUGGUAUUCUUUCUCCGCAACUGCAAGUUACAAUAUCUUCUAGCUCUUCAACCAUGGCAUAGCAAUGAUUUCAAGUUUUUGUGAGCAAUCUUUCUGAUUUUCUACUUCAACUAGGAAAUGAUAAUGAUAGUUCUUUAAUUGUCAAAUCCUCAUCUCCAGCAAUGGUAUUCUUUAUUUCCCUAACGAUCUCUCUUCUCUUAAAGCUGUAACUUUUUCUUUUCUUUUCUUUUUUUUUUUUUUUUUUUUGUUUGUUGAAUCUAUCUCAGUAUGGAUUCCCAUGAUUAUAACCCUUCACAAUCCAGUAAAACCAGCAAAUUCGCCCUAAAGCCAAGAGCCUUUUUGUUUUACUUAUUAUCAAUACUAGUUCUCUUUUUAGCAAUCUCAUUUAGUUUUACCAGAACAAACUGCAUUAGAAUCCACCACCUAAGAUCAGUCCUCACAUCAAAUCCCAACGCUCUUCAGAAAAUUCUAGGCUUUGUUAAUCAAUUCCAGAAACCCACCAAAACCCUAAUACCAAAUCCCAUUUCUGUUCCUUCCCGUUGUGUUUUAUGGAUGGCCCCUUUCCUUUCAGGUGGUGGGUAUAGCUCAGAAGCUUGGUCUUAUAUGUUAGCUCUUAAUGAACACACGAAAGUACCCAGCUUUAGGUUAAAGGUUGAGCAACAUGGUGAUUUAGAAUCUAUUGAAUUUUGGGAGGGUUUGCCUCUUCAUAUCAAGCAGUUGGCUUUUAACCUUCACGAAACCAAAUGUAGAAUGAAUGAGACCAUUGUAUUGUGUCAUAGUGAGCCUGGUGCUUGGUAUCCACCAUUGUUUCAAACCUUGCCUUGUCCACCAACUGGUUAUAAUGGUUAUAUGUCUGUAAUUGGUAGAACAAUGUUUGAAACUGAUAGAGUGAAUGUUGAACAUGUUAGGCGAUGUAAUCAAAUGGAUUAUAUUUGGGUUCCUACUGAGUUUCAUGUAUCGACAUUUAUAAAGAGUGGGGUUGAUGCAUCUAAGGUUGUGAAAAUUGGUCAGCCUAUUGAUGUGGAGUUUUUUGAUCCAACCAAUUAUACACCAUUACAUCUUUCCUCAAUUGGGGAUUUGGUUUUAGGUGCCAGAAAAAAGGGUUCUGAUUUGAAAAGGGAAUUUAUUUUCUUGAGUGUGUUUAAGUGGGAGUAUAGGAAAGGAUGGGAUGUGUUGCUGAAAGCAUACCUGAAAGAGUUCUCUGGGAUUGAUGAAGUUGCUUUAUAUUUGUUAACAAAUCCAUAUCACUCUGAUAGUGAUUUUGGGAAUAAGAUUUUGGAGUUUCUGGGGACUUCCAAAAUAGAAAAACCAGGAGAGUCUUGGCCUGCUAUCUAUGUUAUUGAUACCCACAUAGCUCAGAUUGAUUUGCCAAGAAUGUAUAAAGCAGCCAAUGCAUUUGUUCUUCCAUCAAGAGGAGAAGGGUGGGGGAGGCCUAUUGUGGAGGCCAUGUCUAUGUCUUUGCCUGUCAUUGCAACAAAUUGGUCUGGGCCACUGGAGUAUCUCACCGAAGAGAAUAGCUAUCCAUUGCCAGUUGAUAGACUGUCCGAAGUUAUGGAAGGGCCAUUCAAAGGGCAUCUCUGGGCUGAACCUUCUGUUGAUAAACUUCAACAUCUAAUGAGGCAUGUAACGGCUAAUGUUGAGGAAGCUCAGGCGAAAGCAAGGCAGGCUAGGGAAGACAUGAUUACAAGGUUUUCUCCUCAGGUUGUUGCAGGAGUUGUCACCAACCAAUUAAAAAAUAUACUUGAUACAAUGGUUUGAAAGUUGCGGGUCUUUCUUUUUUUUUUUUCAUUUGGGAGGUUAUGUAAAUGAUAUAACACGGCCAUAAUUGGAGUUUGCUAUUUUGCAAGAGGUUAAAGCUCCUGCAUUCAGAAAUCAACAUUGGCAGUCUGUUAUGAGCGAACAUGUCCUGAAGUAUUGACAGAAUUUCAUAGAGUUCCAGUCCAGUUUGAUACAAAUAUAACUGGUCAAUUGUGGUACGGUAUCUUUUUGUGUGUUCGAACAAUUUUGUCUACUAAGAAUUUAUACAACUGGAGAUGUUUUAGAAUGAAGCUUGAACUCCGGCUUUCAAA